AUGCUCGCCUAUCGCUUGACCAAACUCACACGAUCUAUGGUAGCACCGCAUCAUUCACGUGCUCUCUCGUUGCUGGAACGCUUCACAUUGUCUCCUCAACCUGAAACUGUCAGCGACAUUUGGCGCUCUGUAGGUGCCGUGUGCUUCGAUGUUGAUAGUACCGUGUGCGUGGACGAGGGUAUCGACGUGCUCGCCGAGCACUGCGGCGCCGGCAAGGCCGUCCAUGAGUGGACCACCAAGGCCAUGAAUGGAAACGUCAAGUUUGAAAACGCGCUCGCGGCUCGAUUGGAAAUUAUCAAGCCAUCAAGGCAAAAUAUCCAGGACUGCUUGAAGCAGCACCCGCCCAAGUUCACGCCAGGCAUCAAGAAGCUCAUGGCGACGCUACAGGAGAAGGGCAUUGCCGUCUUUCUCGUGUCGGGUGGCUUUCGUCUCAUGAUUGAGCCAGUUGCUGAGAAAAUAGGUAUCCCUCUCUACAACAUCUACGCCAACACCAUUUUCUUUGACGACGAUGGAAACUAUAGCGGUUUUGACGAUGCGGAGCUCACGUCGCGCGACGGAGGCAAGGCCCAGGCCAUUGAAGUUAUCAAGCGCAUUCACGGCUACGAGAAGAUUGCAAUGGUUGGCGACGGUGUUACGGAUCUUCAGGCACGUCCGCCUGCUGAUCUUUUUGUCGGUUUCGGUGGUGUUGUCACUCGUGACGUUGUGAAGGAAGGUGCAGAUUUGUUUGUAACGGAUUUCGACCACCUGACCAAGUUGCUACAGUAG